CAACAAAACGCUGAGUGACACUGGUUAUUGAUUAUAACUAAGCACUGCGCAAUUUCAAACAAAAAAUUGUCUUAAUUAAACAAAAAAUGAAGCUGAAAUAUUCAAAAACACUCCUGGAAGCUCAGGACGCAGAGAGCCCAAUAGCAGAUAUUUGCUGGUCACCUAAUAAUGUAAAGCUAGCAGUGGCAACAUGUGACCGGUUGGUGUUGUUGUUUGACCGUGAGGGAAUACGGAGGGAUAAGUUUGCCACCAAGCCUGCUGAUCCUGCUGCAGGGAAAAAGUCAUAUGUUAUUACAAAUUUAUCAUUCAGUGAGAACUCGGAACUGCUAGGCGUGGCUCAGAGUGACAAUAUGGUGUUCGUGUACCGCGUGGGAGCUGAUUGGAGCGGGAAGAAAGUGAUCUGCAAUAAGUUUCCAUUGACUGGUGCACCCAUGUCACUGUUGCCAGCAGACAACGGGUUCUAUACUGGCACGACAGAUGGGAAGAUAAGAUCUUUGGAUUGCAAGAGUAACAAGAGCAGCAGUAUGUGGACUGGAGGUGCUUGCUGUGUGUCAUUAGCUCGGGGCGGGGAGGGCACUCUCGCGUCAGGCCAUGUCGACGGCACUCUCUACCUGAACGGACGACUCCUAUUGCGAUAUGCUUUACCCCCGACUGCACUUAUUCUACUGCCUCCAUAUCUCAUAGUGGGAUCUUGUGACGGUCGCGUGUCUGUGUAUGAAGCACAGCGCGGAGCUCUCCUGCGCAGUUUAGAGCCUCAACUGCCGCCCGAUCGACGCGACCUAAUAUCUGCAACCCCCAGUCCAUCAGGGCAGACGGUGGCAUUUGGCGUGUUCGACGGGUGUUUAGUAGGCGAGCUGAAGGAGUCUGGCGGAGUAGAGUUGUCCAUGUUGAACAUACCCAACUUGUACGCGGCGCGGGCGCUCGCUUGGAGCGGGGAUGGAACUAAGCUAGCAAUCGCUUCACAAACUGGAGCUGUUAUACAACUUGAGGCUGUGUUAAGACGCUGGGUAUGGCGUGACUCAGUGGAGGUGCAGCACGUGAGUGGUCGCCAACUGGUACUGUCGCGACUGGCUAAUGACGCUCUCCCGCUUACUGUCACCACUAAACAAGCGCCUGAUAUAUUCAACGUGCGGUUUAUCGGUAACGAUUGGUACGCUGUAUGUCGUACUAGCUCCACAUUGAUAUUGUGUGACAUCGCGCGAGGUUUGACUAGUGAGAUCCCUUGGUCUGGAGGUGGUGAAAGGGUAUAUGCAGCGGUUGGAGGCGCAUGUCUGUUGCAUCGAGCGGGUGAACUAAGCGUUGUUGAAUAUGGCCUCGAUAAAGUGUUACAUACGAUAGGCGAUCGCAAGCACCUCGCCUACUUACUCGACAGGCAAACCAUCGCUGUAGUCGACCUUACUACUGGUAUUCAACUGGGGCAGUGGUGGCAUGAAGCUCGCGUGGACUGGCUGGAGUUGAACGAAAGUGGACAGUUACUAUUACUAAGAGACACGAGACGAAGGCUGGCUCUAUUGCGACUUGAUAAUGGAGAGAAGGAAAUCAUAGCAAGUGGAGUAUCUUUCGUGCAAUGGAUAGAAAAUAGUGAUGCAGUUGUGGCUCAAACACCGACACAUUUACUUGUAUGGUAUAGUGCCUGGGACCCCAGCAGUGUUGAGAUGGCAGAGUGCGGCGGCGCUGUGGCAGUCGAAGUAAUCUCAAGACGUGUUGUUCUAGAAGGAGGACUCCUGCCUUACUUGCAACUAGACGAACAUCGACUUGCUUUUAAUAAUGCCCUUCGCAGCGGUGAUCUAGCCGGGUGUGCGCGAUACUUGGACGGUGUCGGCAACAAUGCGGACGUGGCGCCAUUAUGGAGACAGCUAGCUGAACGGGCACUCGCUGAUGAUGAUGUUCAAUUAGCUGCUAAAUGCUACCGAGAAGUAGAUGAUGUAGCUCGUACGUUCUACUUGGAGAAGACUGUCGAAUUGGCUGCGGAUAAGGGCGACGGUGACGUUACUGUUGCUCGCCUAGCGAUAUUCGAGGGAGAUUUAUCAGCAGCAGAGGAAUGUUACGUACGUCGAGCAGGCCGGCCUGACCUGGCCGUGAACAUGUACAAGAUGUUCAAUAAGUGGAUGGAGGCCAUCGCACUCGCUGAGAGGACCGACCGAGCCUCCGUGGCGUCGCUCAAACAACAACACAUGGACUAUUUGACUUCUACUGGUAGGCUAGGUGAAGCAGGAGCAGUGCUGGCGUCGUCGGGGGACGUGCAGGGCGGCGUGCGGCUGUGGCUGCGGGGGGGCCGCGCGCGCCGCGCCGCACGCACGCUGCUACUGCACCCACACCUGCUGCGGGACACCGACCUGCUGGACGCCGUGCACACGCAGCUCGUACAGGAAGAAUGGUGGGAGACGGCGGGCGAAAUAUCCGAGCGUAAAGGUGACACUCGUGCCGCCGUCGAGUACUACGCCAAGGGAAAUAAUUAUGCACGAGCUGUUCAACUGGCUAGAGAGGCAUGCCCGGGAGAAGUGACCCGGCUGGAGGGCGAGUGGGGCGCGUGGCUGGUGGCGGGGCGGCAGGCGGGGGCGGCCGUGCCGCACCUCAUCGAGGCCGGCCAGCCGCGCGCCGCGCUCGACGCCGCGCUCGCUGCCCACCAUCAUAGGAAGGCUCUGCAGAUACUACAGGCUAUAGACGAUAAGGAGUCCAUCAGAGAGCAGUGUGAGAGACUUGGUGAUCACUUUAUAUCGACCCGGGAAUGGGAGACAGCAGAACGCGUGCUAGUGUCAUGCGGUAUGUCGGAACGUUGCGUUCGAGCGUACAAUGCUGCGGGGCGUGUAGCAGACGGACUAAGGUUGGCCGCCGCACAACUAUCCGAGGAACAAACUCGAGACAUAUACAUGCCACUAGCUCAACAACUGCGACAAGAUGGACAGUUACGGAAGGCUGAACAAAUAUAUAUCGGGCUUGGGGAACCUGAUGAGGCUAUCUCUAUGUAUAAGGAGGCAUCUCAAUACGAAGCGAUGCUACGUCUAGUAUCAGUGCACCGUGCCUCGCUACUGGAGGCCACGCGGCGUCACGUAGCGCAAGCGUUACACGCCUCGGGAGAUCUGCGCGCUGCUGAGAAUUACUACAUACAGGCCGGGGAUUGGAAAAGUGCAAUACAGAUGUAUCGUUCAGCGGGACAAUGGGAGGGCGCAGAACGUGUUGCGCGUGCGCAUGCACCCAGCGGAGUGCAACAACAGGUACGAUGGGACAUCGCAAUGGAGCUAUGUUCUCUUGGUGGAGGCAUGACUCGCAGCGAGGUAGCGCGGGCUGAAGCUGCAGCGUUAGCAGAGGAAAAGCCUGAUGAAGCUGAGGCCGCGUUCUUAAGGGCCGGCGCGGCGGAGCACGCAGUACGCAUGUGGCUGCAGCAUGGCAAGCAUCAGAGGGCACUCGCGUUGGCUGAACAACAUGCUCCUGCAUUGGUUGAAGAAGUGUUAGUGGAAGGAGCACGGGCAGCUGCUGACCGCGGAGACUUGCCGCAGUUUGAGACGCUCAUGAUUAGGGCCAAUCGACCUCGCGAAGUAGUGCAACAUUAUAAGGACUUGGAAUUAUGGGACGAAGCAUCUCGUGUAUCUCGUGAAUACGUCCCGGAGAGUCGUUCAAGCGAGGAAUCAGUACCGGACGACGUACCGGCGCUACUGCAGCGCGCCGCGGAGCAAGCGGACGCGGCGCAGUGGUGGGAGGCGGUGUCGCUGCUGGCCGCCGCCAGCGCCACCGCCGCCACGCACGGCGCGCCGCGCCUGGCCGAGCGGGCCGCGCUCAGGGCGGCGCGCCUGGCCAGGGACCAUCUGCACCACGCCCGCCGACGCGCUGCUGCUGAUAUGCUCGCCGAAAGAUUCGCUGCAAUUGGUCAGAGUGAUAUCGGAGAACAACUUCGAGCGGCACUCACUGAAGGUUAUGCAGCUGAUGAUGAAGCUCCAGGUACAUCAACAGAAUACGAAGAAGAGGAGAUAGAAGCUCCUCGAGAAGUAGAACCAGAAGUAGAAGCCGAGUCAGAAGCAUUAGAGAGACUAGCUCGCGCCGGGCACUGGCAGCGCUGCCUGGCGCACGCCGGCCGCGCCGCGCCGCACUACGCGCUCCGAUACGCGGCGCAUCUGUUUAAGGCGCACCCUCGCAUGGAAGGCAUAGACAUUGAAAGUGAAGAAGCUCCAGAAGUAUUAACGCAAGUUCUAGACGUGUUGCGUCAGUACUUGGGCAAUGAGUCGGGCAUCGACUCUAUAUCUUCAAAUGAUGUACCAUUGGCUAAAGCAGUGUGUUCUGAGCUUUUACUUCGAGUGUCUACUGCUCCUAAAGCAGUGACUGCGUUGAAGGAUGCUGGCGCUGUCAUGGUGGCUGCAGGGGCUGAGGAUCGAGUGCUGCAGGCAAUAACGUUAUUAUUAGCACUUCACGUGCCCCUGCUAGCGCCAAAAGCAGCGAGAGCUUUACCUCGGUACACAGACAUCAUUGUUGCUGAUGCAGCCUACUACGCCAGCGGUAUGGCGGUUCGUGCGGAAGGUCCAAGUGGAGCCCGUGAGGCGUUUGUACUACUCAACCGCUGUCUAGAUCUAGCAGAAGCUGCCGAUGAUGAUUCUGCACAUCUAUUGGAUUAUACUGACUUUGAGUGUACUGACUGGAGUCACACCCCGCUAUUGCUUGAUAGUGGUUGCGUACGGGGCGCUGCCCUGGAGGAUGCUCGAGAGUGGGUACUCGCGGUCUCAAUGGAUCAAGCCGUUGAACAGACGUUACCGGUUGAUGGACGCGGCAUGUACGCGUCUAGUGUGGCUGAUACAGAGCCUUGCUGUGUGGUUACCGGCUACCCACUAGGAUCCAGACUGGUCACUUUUACUAAUGUGGUGGUUUACCAGCCGCCUUACUGCAACACGUGGAGGCCUGGUGCGGGCCAGCAGACUAUCACCAUGUAUAGACAUUCUAAUGACAUAUCUUGA